CGGCGCUACCUCAGUCUCCCGCCAGCGCGUCGAAAGCCUCAAGAAGAAGCGGCCUCAUAGGUGAUCUUCAGCUUUGCAAACUUGAUGAACUAGAUUGCUUAGUAAAAGGAAUUCUGUACAUUGACUCAGUUGGAUUCAAUGGACGGUCACAAUGCUAUUACUUUGAAAACCCUGCUGAUUCCGAAAAAUGUCAGAAGUUACCAUUUGAUUUGAAAAAUCCAUACCCUCUGCUUCUGGUGAACAUUGGCUCUGGGGUUAGCAUCUUAGCAGUAUAUUCCAAAGAUAAUUACAAGCGGGUCACGGGUACCAGUCUUGGAGGAGGAACUUUUUUUGGUCUCUGCUGUCUUCUUACUGGCUGUACCACUUUUGAAGAAGCUCUUGAAAUGGCGUCUCGUGGAGAUAGCACCAAAGUGGAUAAACUAGUGCGAGACAUUUAUGGAGGGGACUAUGAGAGGUUUGGACUGCCAGGCUGGGCUGUGGCUUCGAGCUUUGGGAACAUGAUGAGCAAGGAGAAGCGAGAGGCUGUCAGUAAAGAGGACCUUGCCAGAGCAACUUUGAUCACCAUCACCAACAACAUUGGCUCAAUAGCAAGAAUGUGUGCCCUUAAUGAAAACAUUAACCAGGUGAUAUUUGUUGGAAAUUUCUUGAGAAUUAAUACGAUCGCCAUGCGGCUUUUGGCAUAUGCUUUGGAUUAUUGGUCCAAGGGACAAUUGAAAGCACUUUUUUCGGAACAUGAGGGUUAUUUUGGAGCCGUUGGAGCACUCCUUGAGCUGUUGAAGAUCCCCUGAUCAUUACCUGGGGAGGGUUCCUGGAACCUUACACAAUGCGAUCUGUGGACUUUUGUUUUUUAAGAGACUUAUUCAGUUUUAUAAUUGUGUGCUACCCAAAUCAAAGCAAGAAAGGACAAGUGUAUUUUUCUAAGUCAUCAAGAUAAACCCUUAAAGAUUCAAUCUAAACUAGUAACCAGUAAGGAAAGAUGCGUAUAAAAAAAGUGACCAUGUCCGUGGCAGUGAGGGUUUGCUGUAUUUUACUGCUCUUCAGUGUAGCUUUGUUAACCUUGCUGUGUAGUUUUGAAAUUCAGCGUCACUCACUGGAGCCGCUUUAGGGGAGCUGUUCUCUGUUCAGCUGACUGUGGUUUUGUGUCCUGCUGAACUUGCUAAAUGUAAGGCAAGCUGCUGUGUGUUAUAAUCUGAUGACAGUUUUGUCACUAUGGCCUUGGCAAUCAUCUGUGCAUUAACUCUGGUGUGCAUUUAGCCUUUGUGUAAACCUUUUGAAAAACAUGUUUUAUUUCAAGGUUCUGGAAACUUAAUUGGGCAGGUUAAUUCUGUACCUGUAACUUUGACAAUUAAGCAGCUUUUGGAAGGGCAGUUCCAGGUUACUUUACACUGUAAAUCCUGGGAAGGUCUGUGGAAAGACAGGACUUCUCCCCUGGGCAGAAUUUCCUUGGGUAGUGGGGAGUUUGUUGACCUGAUGGAAGUAAGCUGGUACAAAAAGCACAACCUGGAAGACUAAAACCAGACAAAAAGGGCUGCUAGAAUGGACAUCUUUUCAGGGAGCCACGGAGAAUCUGGUUAUACUUUCAGGCUAGUAGAAAGUGAGCAAUCGAGGUGUCUAUUGAUUACCUCGUGGGGAGCAGGGCGGGGUUCUCUCGCCUUCCUCUCCCACUUCCAGUCUUCGUACCUCUGAAACUCCCUGGCCUGCUGGCUUAAAAGGCUGCUUGAGGAUAGAGACAGGUUUCUAGACGAACUCUUGGUAGAGAUGGACUUUGAACCUUUUCUUUCUGCUGUGCAGAAUAACUUGAAAAAACUUUCCCCUUGGAGAUAGA